UACGCAGGGGGAAGAAUUGACAAAAUAAUUAUAGGCAACGUGAGUGAGAACUUUGAGCAUUUGGAGUGUACCAGGCCAGAAAUCUGGAGCCAUCUCGAUCUCUUAAGAUGCUUUUUUUCAGCCCUUUAAGUGAAAGGUAUAAAGGGAGGGGAAGCUGGGAGGAAAAAGAAAAGUGAGAAAAGCAGUAAGGGAGGAGGAAAAAAAGCUGGCCCAGUCCCAUCUUGAAGGUACAGAGAAAGUUUUUUUAGAGGUGGAGAGAAGGAAAACCAAAGCUGUUAUGUACCCUAGGGAUACAAUUUUAGUGGGAAUGGAAGAUUUGAGUGGUAAGGGAGGCACAGUGGCCUCCGGGGUCUCUCUCUUCCAGCAGUUGGGCGGUUGGCACCUCAAUUUGAAUUGCUGGUCGAACAAAGUGCCAGUGGUGCAGCACCCUCACCAUGUCCACCCCCUCACGCCUCUUAUCACCUACAGCAACGAACACUUCACCCCGGGAAACCCACCUCCACACUUACCAGCCGACGUAGACCCCAAAACAGGAAUCCCACGGCCUCCACACCCUCCGGAUAUAUCUCCGUAUUACCCACUGUCGCCUGGCACCGUAGGACAAAUCCCCCAUCCGCUAGGAUGGUUAGUACCACAGCAGGGUCAACCGGUGUACCCAAUCACAACAGGAGGAUUCAGACACCCUUACCCCACAGCUCUGACUGUCAACGCUUCCAUGUCCAGGUUCCCUCCCCACAUGGUCCCACCACAUCAUACUCUACACACGACUGGCAUCCCCCAUCCGGCUAUAGUCACACCAACAGUCAAACAGGAAUCCUCCCAGAGUGACGUCGGCUCACUCCAUAGCUCAAAGCAUCAGGACUCCAAAAAGGAAGAAGAAAAGAAGAAGCCCCACAUAAAGAAACCUCUUAACGCAUUCAUGUUGUAUAUGAAGGAAAUGAGAGCGAAGGUCGUAGCUGAGUGCACAUUGAAAGAAAGCGCAGCCAUCAACCAGAUCCUCGGGCGCAGGUGGCAUGCACUGUCCAGAGAAGAGCAAGCGAAAUAUUACGAGCUGGCCCGGAAGGAGCGACAGCUUCACAUGCAGCUGUACCCCGGCUGGUCCGCGCGGGAUAACUAUGGGAAGAAGAAAAAGAGGAAAAGGGACAAGCAGCCAGGAGAGACCAACGAACACAGCGAAUGUUUCCUAAAUCCUUGCCUUUCACUUCCUCCGAUUACAGACCUGAGCGCUCCUAAGAAAUGCCGAGCGCGCUUUGGCCUUGAUCAACAGAAUAACUGGUGCGGCCCUUGCAGUCUUUGAAUUUGGAAUAUUAUGAUGGAGAAAAAAAAAGUGCGUUCGCUACAUACAAGGUGAAGGCAGCUGCCUCAGCCCACCCUCUUCAGAUGGAAGCUUACUAGAUUCGCCUCCCCCCUCCCCACACCUGCUAGGCUCCCCUCCCCGAGACGCCAAGCCACAGACUGAGCAGACCCAGCCGCUCUCGCUGUCCCUGAAGCCCGACCCCUUGGCCCACCUGUCCAUGAUGCCUCCGCCGCCCGCCCUCCUGCUGGCCGAGGCCACCCAUGGCAAGGCCUCUGCCCUCUGUCCCAACGGGGCCCUGGACCUGCCUCCCAUCGCCCCAGCCUCCUCGCUUGCACAGCCGUCGACAUCUUCCUUACAUUCCCACAGCUCUCUGGCCGGGACCCAGCCCCAGCCACUGUCCCUGGUCACUAAGUCUUUAGAAUAGCUUUAGCUUCGUUAGCCCCGGUUGGUUGGUUGAGUGUCCUGUUUCGCUUCUCUUGGUUUGCCCCCCUUUGAAAGUCUUUUGUUUUGUACUCUUUUAAUUUUGUGCCACGUGGCUACAUUAGUUGAUGUUUAUCGAGUUCAUUGGUCAAUAUUUGACCCACUCUUAUUUCAAUUUCUCCUUUUAAAUAUGUAGAUGAGAGAAGAACCUCAUGAUUCUACCAAAAUUUUUAUCAACAGCUGUUUAAAGUCUUUGUAGCGUUUAAAAUAUAUAUAUAUAUAUACAUAACUGUUAUGUAGUUCGGAUAGCCUAGUUUUAAAAGACUGAUUAAAAAACAAAAAGAAAAAAAAAAAAGAAGCAAUUUUGAAGCAGCCCUCCAGAAGGAGUUGGUUCUGUAUUAUUUGUAUUAAAUACGAGCUUGCGAACCAAUCAUUCUACAUCUGGUUUUUAAACCAUAAGGGCACAAGGAAUGCAGUGCCACUCCUUUUUUUUGUUUUUUUUUUUCUGUGUGAAACAACUUUUAUUGUGAUGUUACUUGUUAUUGUUUAAAUGUACAGAAACAAAGGGUUAAAAUGUGUUAAUAUACCUUGUUCCAUGGUGUUGUUCUUUUGGGGGGAGGGGACGCUACUCAACAAUUAAUGGAAUCACAACGCUGUUGGACCAGUAGUAUUUAUUGCUUUAGAGAUUGCUUGUCGUACCUGUACGUCGUCCCUUUUUAAAUAUGUUUUCCUUUUUCUCGAAACUGUAUAAAGUUUUUUUCCCCCCUUCGCAUAAGCAUCUUAUAUAUAACAACUCAUUUGUACAAGGUUUUUAAGUUUAUAUAUAAAAUGUGUAUAUAUAUUUUUUUGUUUCCCUUUUUGACUUUUUUUUUUUUUCCCUGUAUGAAACUCAGAUGCCGCCAAAUGGACAUUCAUAGUUGCAUUAAGGAUCAGUAGCAUUAACAAAAGUUGCUUUAAAAGCCAUUAUGUAAAACAAGACUUGAAAAUUAGUGAGGGAAUUUUAGCGACGCUGUAUGGACAACAGUGGAAACCAUCCUUGUUUCCCCUUUGAACUCCCCGUCGAAUACCCUGCGCCCUUAGGACAUGGACUUGACCGUGUGCAAAACUUUAUGUGCCAAAAUUCUCAGUGACUUUAGCUUUCUCCCUCUUUUUGAUGCUGUAAUUUUCGUUCAUCAUGUUUUGCUGUGAUGUUACAUAGGUAGAUUUGUAUGUAGUUUUAAUGUCACCUAUAACAAAAUGUGUUUGGUAGCAGAUUGUCCAGAAAGCAUUUUAAAUGAAGAGGUAUAAACCCUUAAGGGCCAAAAUUCUGUAUAUUAGAUUACUCUUAAAUGAAAAACCAGCUGCCGCUUUUAUGUACACAUAUUACAUACAAGUAGGUAGCGAACUUUAAAAAUAAAAAAUACCUAGGCAUGUUGAUGUUGCAAAAUGCUGUAUAAAGCUGAAACCUGUUCAUUCAGUGCCAUUGUAGUUGACAUGAAGCGAUUGUAAAACUGUCUCCGAUUUUUCUCUGGUUUAUUAAAAUGCUAACUAUAACAUUUUUUGUGAAUACUUUGAAUGUUUCCUAACAGUUGUGAUGUUACUGUUCCGUUUUAUGCUCUUAUUCCAAGUUCAUUUUUAAUGGUUUGGAAGCCAUUUUUGUAAUGAAUAAAUGUUCAUGCUGUACAGUAUCUGUAGCAUGCCGUUCUGGAUUAAUAAAAGCAACUUAGUAUGUGCAGAUAAA